UUGAUUCAUUGGUUCAACUGUCCGUCCAGGUCAAUGGCAUUUAUUAACCAUUUACAUUGAAAACCCUACUUCAAAAUCAAAUUAAAGGAGAACCAUAAGAGGGUUUUGACUGUUUGGAAGCCGCACGGAAAAUCAACUUUUCUUUUUAAUUUCAUAGCACUCGACUUCAAGUGGUAGCAUCUAGAACAACCACAGUUUAAAUUUCAAUGGCGUAAUGUUUUGAGGUAGUUUGCCAAACGCUCAGCUUGAAAGUUGAAGCUAGCUUUUAUCAUAGACAAGGUGUGACCCGUUGAAUUUGAACCCAGUCAUGAAUCUCCUUUAAAUUUAAUAGAAGCGUAUUGGCUUGGACAGUUGCAUUUGAUAGAUGAUAAGCAAGGGAGUAUGACUAUAAGAUGACCGGCCUACACAGAAUUAUUUGAUAGAUGGAGACGUAUUGACUAGGACAGUUGCAUCCAACGUGAGGUGAGAAUCUCUCUCUCUCUCUUUCUCUGCAAAGAAGCUUCUGCCUUGCUGCAUGGACAAUGCGCCGGCCAUUACAGCGACCCCUCCUCGUCCCCUUCUCUUUGUUUGCUUCCAAUUGUCCUUCCAGGAAGAACAUUCACAGUUUCACAGUAUUUGUGGCCAGAGCCCUACUCCGCCCUGGCCCCUGUAGAGUGAGUCUUGGCCAUCAGAUAUGAGACUUGUUUAGCUCAAUUGGAUGGUCUGGAUUGAUUGCCAAAGCACUGGGACUACCCUGUCCUAUCUUAUACUUGUAUAGCCAGAUAGAGUAUCAUGAUUGUCAUCCAUCCUCAUUAACGAUCUUCCUUAACUCUAAACUCAACAAAGCUUUCUCUAAUGGUGAGUUGUGAAAGAAGAGUUGGGUUCAGGGGCUGGGAAUUUGACUACUUGUUCAUAAAAUUGAUAGACUACUUCACCAGCCAACCUGCCAGUAGUCAAAAACUCCAAAACUCCGAACUCAGCCCAGUGAAAAGUCUCAUUUUUUUUCUGAGCCAACAGAGGUUGAUUAGAAGAAAGAGAGAGAAGGAGAUCUGUAGUCUGUGGAAGAGAGAAAAGAAGAGAGAGAGAGAGAGAGAGAGAGAGAGAGAGAGAACAUGUAUUCGCCUUGCAUUAGAGAGGCUUCGGAGGCCUGCUUUCAUGGCUGCUGCCUAACCCCUUUGCUAGGCUUGCCUGAGCCCCCCAAAUCCGACUCCAAACCCACCAACAUCGUCGCUGCCACCCAUUACGACUUCGCCACCGUCACAGCUUCCUCUCUGUUCCCCAACUCCCAAUUCACCAACCAUGAGUCCCUCCCUACCUUGUCAGAAUCUUUCUCUAACUUCACCAAAGCCUACCCACAAUAUUCCCAGACCAAUCUGGCUGAAUGCAUCAGAGCCCAAGAAUACUACCACCUUUCUCUUUCGAAUCGCGUCUGUCUUGAUUACAUCGGCCUUGGACUCUUCUCCUACGCCCAGCAACAUGCUCAGUGCUCCACAACUACAAUGGCAUCUUCUUCUUCUCCACCGCCUCCCCAUGAUUCAGAAUUUCCAUUCUUUGAAAUCUCCUACAAGUCAACAAGUCUGAAAUCUCAGAUACUGUAUGGAAGCAAGGAAUCAGCUCUGGAAUCCGGGAUAAGGAAAAAAGUCAUGGGUUUCCUCAAUAUCUCUGAAACAGAUUAUUGCAUGGUCUUUACAGUCAACAGGACCUCUGCUUUCAAGCUUCUGGCAGAAUCUUAUCCCUUCCGAUCCAAUCGCAGACUUCUCACAGUCUAUGACUAUGAAAGUGAGGCCGUUGAAACUAUGAUUUGCAGUUCCCAGAAGCGAGGGGCCCGAGCAAUGUCAGCUGAAUUUUCAUGGCCAAGCCUGAGAAUCCACUCUGGAAAGUUGAGUAAGAUGGUAGCGAGUAAGAGGAAGAAGAAGAGGGGGUUGUUUGUAUUCCCGCUUCAGUCUAGGAUGACCGGAAAUCGGUACUCGUAUCUAUGGAUGAACAUUGCGCAGGAAAAUGGGUGGCAUGUCUUGCUUGAUGCUUGUGCUUUAGGACCAAAAGACAUGGAUACCUUGGGCCUCUCGCUCUUUCGACCCGACUUCCUCAUCUGCUCCUUCUUCAAGAUCUUCGGGGAAAACCCAUCUGGUUUUGCGUGCCUCUUUGUUAAGAGAUCCAGUGCUUCGAUCUUGGAAGAAUCAACCAUGGCCAGAAGCAUUGGAAUCGUGGGUCUUACACCAGCAAAGAAGCCAUGUCAGUUCACCAACGAUUCCUCUGGAACUGAAACAGAGACCCAACAGGUGUUUAAGUUUGGAUUGCAGGAUCACAGCUUAACUAGCACAAGCUCGUUCUCGGGCCCUAUAUCUGCUCAGCUGAGUAAUAAAGAGGAGAAGACAUCUUUGAACUCAAGCCAAAGAAGGCAAACUGAAGGAGUCGAGCAUGGGAAGAGCUCUGAAUUAUGUGAAACAGAAAGCACCAAAGAGUUGAAGGAUUCCUCAUCAAAUGAAAUAGUGGAAUUGGGAACUCCCACUGAGCUGCAACCUCUGAAUAUAGAAACUAAUAGCAGAGAAAAAGAUGGGAGCUCAGAGAUUGAGUGUAGGAGCUUGGAUCAUGCAGAUUCCAUAGGUCUGAUACACAUCAGCACCAGAGCAAGGUACCUGAUCAAUUGGCUAGUGAAUGCAUUGAUGAAGCUCCAUCAUCCGCAUUCAGGAAACGGGCUUCGUCUGAUCAGAAUCUAUGGACCAGAGAUAGAAUUUGACCAUGGACCUGCGCUGGCAUUCAAUGUGUUUGAUUGGAAGGGAGAAAAAGUUGACCCAGUACUUGUACAGAAACUUGCAGACCGGAGCAAUAUUUCUAUAAGCUACGGGUUCCUACAGAAUAUUUGGUUCUCAGACAAGUACACAGAAGAGAAAGAAAACGUGAUAGAGAUAAGAAGCCAUGAAGCAUCAGGAAUGACAGGAAACAAGAGAAAAGUUGAUUUGGGGGUGACCGUAGUUACGGCCACACUUGGCUUCCUAGCCAAUUUUGAAGACACUUACAGACUUUGGGCUUUUAUUGCCAGGUUCCUGGAUGCAGAUUUUGUGGAAAAGGAGCGAUGGAGAUACAUGGCUCUUAAUCAGCAGACUAUUGAAAUUUAAACCGAAGAAAUUCGUUCAUUCUUUCAUAUUUGAGGUUCAAUAGUGAACAGUCUGUAAUGUUGGUAGAAUUGAAGCGAUCAAAGUUUUGUUGUUUGCACUUAGAUUUGUAUUCGGCGUUCCAGUCCAGGUUCGUAUUAACAGAAAGACGAUGCAAACGGAUUAAACAAUUAAA